AUAUAUGUGUAUGUAUAUAUACUUAGGUAUAUACUCGUCCUGCUUUACGGUACGUCUCAUUCUACGUAAGAAUGCUUGCGGAUUUAACUUGUUAUCUCUCUCGCUAAUUCGUUCACACGCGCUAAUUGUUUCCUCUUUCUCUUCAAAGGUAGUUAUUUAUUUAACCAUCUAUCUACCCUCUAUCUAUGUAUCUAACUAUCUAUAGGACAAUAGAAGACAGCGAAUAAGUUGCCUUGUUGUAAACACCUGUUCAGCUUUUUCCAAACGUACGAAUUAAAUGAAGCUCGUGGAUCGACGAUCGAUCGACCGUGAGAAAUAUCAAGACUCCAUUUUGGAACUGGACUUUGUAAUCUUCAUAAGAACAAGUUGAUUAAUGACGAAACAAUGAACGUCUUAAAUCGAAGAAAAUAAUCAAGAUUAACAAGAUUUUCUCGAUAUUGCAAAGAUGAAUGCGUUUGUUGGAAUGUGCGUUGCCAACGAGUGGAAUCGUCAAGGCACCGUUUUACGAUGCCAGGAAAAGCCGAGAAUGAACGUAAAGAUAAGCAAAACGAAGAACGGAAUGGACUCGUUACCACCACCACAUAAGAUCUUUAUGGUCCUACGUGGUAUCCUGACACCUGCGACUGCUCGACUUAUUCGGAAUAAAUUAUCUAAAAGGACUCGAGAAGGUGGUAACAACAACGGCACUCCAGUAGGACAAUUAGGGUCGACGCGUCAUGGACCUCAGCUGAUGAGCCUGCUUCGUUUAUGCACCACUGUGCACCACCAUCACCAACAACAACAACAACAACAACAGUCUUCCCAGUACAGUACUUUGCAUUCCGACAAAAUAUUUCCGAAUCCGUCGUCGGAAUUUUAUCAGAAGGAGAGGAUAAAUUCGUCUCAGGAAAUUCCUACCGACGAGCUGGCUCUACUAGCUAAGCUGGAGGAAGCCAAUAGAUAUUUUAUUUACAGGCUCAUCGAAUCGGAUGCAAAGUCGCUUAACUCGCUUCAGAGUAAUCAUAGUAGGAAAGGUUCGGAUACAUCGCAGGUGUCCGUGGCGUCGGGGGGUAGCGGAGGCAAUGGAGAUGCCGCACCCCGACGCCACACGACUGUCGAUGGCGAGGAGAACACCUGGAGUUUGUGGGGUCACAUAGUCGCCGAUUGGGAUUAUCAUUGGAAGAAGAGAAAAGAAUUUGUCAAGGAAUUAGUUCGACAGGGUAUACCCCAUCACUUCAGGGGUAUCGUCUGGCAAAUGUUGAGCGGCGCACACGAUUCUCCUGUAAAAAAGCAGUUCGCAGAAUAUAUCAAAGCAACGUCAGCCUGCGAGAGGAUAAUCAGGAGAGAUAUAGCGAGAACAUAUCCUGAGCAUGACUUCUUUAAGGAAAAAGAUGGUCUUGGUCAGGAGAGUUUGUUUAACGUUAUGAAAGCGUAUAGUCUUCAUGAUCGCGAAGUGGGCUACUGCCAAGGUUCGGGAUUCAUUGUAGGAUUGCUUCUUAUGCAGCAAAUGCCAGAGGAAGAAGCUUUUGCAGUAUUAGUAGCGCUUAUGCAAGAGUAUCGUUUGCGAGAUAUGUUUAAGCCGAGUAUGGCAGAAUUAGGGGUGUGCAUGUAUCAAUUAGAACAUUUAGUCGCCGAUACGCAUCCCGAACUACACGCUCAUUUCACGGCUCAAGGUUUUCAUACUUCGAUGUACGCCUCCUCUUGGUUUCUCACGCUGUUCACCACGGCACUGGGACUACCCCUCGCCUGUCGUAUCUUUGAUGUAUUCCUAUCCGAAGGAAUGGAGAUAAUCUUCAAAGUUGCGCUGGCUAUGUUGCAUUUAGGAAAGGAGGAUUUACUCAGUUUGGAUAUGGAGGGCAUGUUGAAGUUUUUCCAGAAACAAUUACCCAGCAAAGCUGAGAAAGAUCCGGACGUACUUAUGAAUCUGGCAUACAGCAUGAAAAUAAAUCCAAAGAGGAUGAAGAAGCUGGAGAAGGAUUAUACCGUUCUCAAGAUGAAGGAGCAAGAAGAGAUGGUAGAAUUACGGAGACUCAGGGCGGAAAAUAGAUUACUCAGGCAAAGAACUGAACUUUUAGAGGCCGAAUCUGCUGAGCUCGCCGACAGAUUAGUGAGAGGUCAAGUUUCUCGUGCGGAGGAAGAGGAAACUGCGUUUGUAGUGCAAAGGGAAUUGGCUGCUCUUCGACACACGCAUCUUGAGACCAGUCAUCAGCUCGAACAGGCUCACGAGGAACUCAGAUCGUUGUCUCUUCUUUUAGAGGAAAACGUGAGCUCGCGACAAUCGUCGCUCGACGAGAUCCUGUUGAAGCAGGAAGCUUUAUCGCAAAAGGAGGAACUGAUACAGUGCCUACAAGAGGAAUUAGUCAGAGUCAGACUGAGCGAGGCUGAAAAUGGUGCAACGAUCAGGGAACUCAGGGCUAGAAUACAGGAAUUGGAACAAGACAAAAAGACUUUACGCGAAUCAACGCCUGAUAAUUCUGUCGCUCAUUUGCAGGAAGAACUGAUCGCUGUUAAACUCAGAGAAGCGGAAGCUAAUCUCUCUUUGAAGGAUCUCCGACAAAGAGUUAUGGAAUUAAGUGCUGCGUGGCAAAGACAUUUACAGGAGCAUAGAUCUGCUCAAUCCGCUCCGGCAGCGGAUUCGACACCGAAAAAGUUACUUUUUUGGGAGAACAGAGGUCACGAAGUUCAAAAGUACGAGGAAGAUCUGAUGACCACCAGAAUUCGAGAGAUGGAAGCUCUUACUGAAGUCAAAGAACUUAGGCUUAAGGUCAUGGAACUCGAAACUCAAGUACAGGUCGCUACGAAUCAAUUACGUAGGCAAGAUGAAAAUGGGAAAGUACUUAAGGAAGAAUUGGAGAACGCACGUGCUGCGGAAAAAGUUCUUGCUGCCAAGUUACGAGAUGAACAGCGUAAGUACGCCGAUUUGGAAUCGAAAAUGAAAGAUGAAACCAUGAUGGCUAGGAUACGUGACGCUGAACAUGCUCAACAAGUUGCUGAGCUCACGCAGAAAAUUUCUUUGCUCGAAUUAAAGAACGAAGAAAUGCAUGCGGAAGGUGAACUAAGAAAUAAUUUAGAUGACAGUGAGAGAGUAAGAGAACUUCAAGAUAAAGUUGCGGAACUAAAAGCAGAGGUCAUGAGGUUAGAAAGUUGGAAACAACGUUGGACCGGCCAUGGUGAUCAUCAACCCGUUCGAAGUUUUAGCAUCGACACUGAGAGUGAGUUAGACGAGCGGGAUCUGAGGAUUUGUCUACCAGAUCAUAUCAACACGACCACUCCAAACUCACCCGAGAUUGUUGAAACUGAGACCGAACGAGGUAAUCGGGAGUACUUGUAAGACAAAAAAAAAGAAAAGAACAGAAAAAAAAUGAUUAUUGCCCGGGUAACUCGUUCCUUAACAGUGACCUUCCUAGGAUGUGAUAGUAACUUCUGACGUAAGUAAAUCGCGUUUUGAGAAAGCAGAAGCAUAACGAAAAGCUAUAACAAAAAAAAAGGAAACGUAAAUAAGAAAAAAAAUAAGCUGCUGCUUUGUCUUUUUUAUCAAAGCAAUUUCAUUUUAGCCUACAUAUGUAAUAGGUAUUUUAUAUAUAUAUAUGUGUGUAUAUAUAUAUAUAAAAUAUACAUAUAUAUAUUUAUAUUUAUAUUUAUAUUUAUAUUUAUAAGAUAUAUAUUUCACGACGUUCACGUCGAUCUUUUCUUCGCUUUGGCCUAAUAUCUUAUACGUCCAUAAUUUCUUUUUAUUUUUCUUUUUUUUUUAUUUCCUCUCUUUUGUAAAUAAGUAAUUGUCAGAUAAAAUAUUUCUGCGAACACUGUAGAGAAAGCGAAUUUGCACUGAUUCAUGAAGAUUAGAAUUUAUUGAUAGAGAUUUAUUCGUCAUAAAUUUCUUCUUCUUCUUCUUCUUAUUAUUAUUGUUAUUAUUAUUAUUAUUCGCUUUCGUGCAUGUGUGCGUGUGAAAUUUGCAUGCAUGUUGCGGUGUCUUUGUUCGAGCGAGCAUUAAUAUCACGGUUAUGAAAAUAAUAUUUUUAAUUAUUAUUAUUAUUUUUUUUUUAAAUUAUUGCCUUUUGCAAUAGGUUCAAGUAGCACGUAAGAACGUCUUAACUAAUGAAAUUGAACUUUUUUAACUGUUCGAUACAGGCUAAUCUUGGGAUUUACAAUAACAAAAAAAAAAAGAUUUGUUGAUUUUUGUCGUCUCGAAGAGAGUAGGUAUAUGCAUAUAAAGAAAAUCAUCAAAUUGUUAUUCAUCUAUUCAUUGCGUGUAAUUUGUUUCGUGUAAGGGUAUAUAUUGAAAAGAAAAAGUGUAUACGCAUUUAAAAAAGAACACACACACACAUACAGGGUAAAAUUAUGGAAAAAGAAAAUACUUUAUUAUUUCUUAUUUACAUACAUAUAUAUAUACACAAUAUAUAUACACAUAUAUAUACAACAUAUAUACAUAUACAUAUACAUAAAUACAAGACACUUUCCAUAUUUCAUGCAUAUAAAAUAUUAUAAUUACACGUAUACAGAUAAAAGGAAAAAAAAGAAAAGAAAAGAAAAGAAAAGAAAAAAACAAAAGUGCGAAGCUUAUCAACUUUCUCUGCACUGUUACAUUUUUUAUAUAAAUAUGUAAAUGUAGGCUGCACUUUUGAUAAUAUAUUAUCGCAUUGUAUUCCGAGUGUAAUACGUAUGUACAUCGAUAUCGUGAAGUAAGUUCUGCAAAUCCGUCUUCGUAGUUAACUUUUUUUAGAAUUUCGUCGUGUCCGCUUCGUGUUCGAAAAAGAAUGAUUUUUAUCAAAUUAUCUAAUUGAAGAGAAGUGGCAAUUAAUUUAUAGUUUCACGACGACUAACGUAAGAAAAUAAAAAUUGAUUUAACUUCGUCGAACGUUAAUAAAAAGAUAAUACGACGCGACGACGAGUAUACAAUUUGUUUAUAUCGUUUAAAGCUAUGCAAUAAAAUUUUUCAAGAAAAAAUACGCUGUCGACGAUGUGUAAAUCAGACUAGAAUAUCGAUAGGAAUCUUAGAACGAAGUAGUGCUCGUAAAUUUUCCCGAUAGCCUUUGAAUGGACGAAGAUUUCAAGAUACGUAUCUUCCUCGUGGAAGAAGGAAAGUGCAAGAAAAUAUAAAGAAAUGCUCCAUAGAAAGAUAAAAAUAAAAAAGGAAAAGAAAAACAAAGAAAGAACGAAGGAUCGUUGUCAAUUCACAGUGGGAUCGAAUAGAAAAAAAAAAAAAAACAAAAAAAGAAAAAUUGAAUAAAGAAAAAAGAAAAGGAACAAGAUAAAAUGAUUUUUUAACAGAUAGGACGAAGGUAAAGCGAAGUAGGCAAAAAAAAUGAGUUGUAUUCGGGUAAUUGAACUUAAUUAUGUAUACUUAAGGAAUAUAACGUAGCCAAGGAAUUAAUAUAUAAAACAUACAUACAUAUACAUACAUACAUACAUAUAUAUAUAAACAUAUAUACAUACUGAUUCCUAGAAGACUUCCCUAGGUGCCGAAGCAAACCUUGAUUUUACACGAACUUUUUUACAGAGAAAGAAAGAAUAAUACGAAAGAGAAACAAAAAGCACAGACUCUACGUAGAUACAUAUAUACGUACGCAUGUAUUUUUUCCACUCCAUGUAACAUGUACAUUUUUAUAUGCGACAAAAGAGAACACAUACUUUUUUGUAUUUCUUUUGUAAUUUCUUUUUUUUUUGUAAUUUUUUUUUCUUCGUGACGUUGCAUUUGAGAAGACAAUUUAACGAAAUCAAAUCGUACGUAAUAAGAUCGUAAUAAGAUACUUAGAGGAGAAUGUACGUGGUGAUAGUGAAUAAAAACAAAAAACAUAAAAAUAUAAAAAAAUUAGGAGAAAAAAUAUACAUAUAUAUAUAUAUAUAUACAUAUAUUAUAUAUUCGUUUGAGAGACAAACAAAGUUUGUCGGCGUUUGUAUAUUUCUAUAAGAAAUUUUAUAAUUUAAUAUUAACAUUUAUCUUAGGGAUCUUUCUCUUCUCGCUCCAUUUUUGUUUCUUCGUUUUUUCUUUCUUUCUUUCUUUCUUUUUUUUUUUUAUUUUUUCUCUUACGAUAUAGAUCCGAUUUCAGCAGGAUAUAACAGAAUAUAACAAGAGGAAGAAGAAGAGGAGAAGGAGGAGGAGAGGAAGAAGGGAAAAAAGCGAACGGCAAAUCGAUUUUAAUUGAAAAAUCUUCGAUAUUUUAUAAUGUGAUGACAUGUAUAAGAUUGAAUAAAAUGUACUGCGUAUUUACGA